UCUCGGGACACAGGAGAGUUCUCAAAUCUUCUUGUUGCUCUCUGAAUCUCCUUAUCCUUCAACAUUUGCUGCCAGAGCAGUGAAGGACCCAAUUGUUUGCAGAAACGAGCCAGAAUGCCCACUUUAAAUUUGUUCACCAAUAUUCCAGUGGAUGGUGUAGUGGCUUCAGACAUUCUGAAAGAUGCAACCAAAGCCGUUGCAAAGAUCAUUGGCAAGCCUGAAUCUUAUGUGAUGAUUUUGCUGAAUGGCGGAGUGCCUGUUGCAUUUGCUGGCACUGAAGAGCCAGCAGCAUAUGGAGAAUUGAUAUCCAUUGGGGGGCUCAAUUCAAGUGUUAAUGGAAAGCUGAGUGCAGCCAUUGCGGAAAUUCUUGAAACUAAGCUCUCUGUAGAUAGCUCCCGGUUCUAUAUCAAGUUCUAUGAUGUUCAACGAGCAUAUUUCGGUUUCAAUGGCUCGACGUUUUGAGUUUGCAUUAACAUGUACGAUGGAUUAACCAUUCAAAGAUGCUGGAAGAAUGUGCCAAAGCCUAGCGGUCUCCAGUCGUUCUCGCGUUGAACUGUGUCUUUUAAACAAGAGGACAGUCGAGAUGAUGCUAAGCUUAUUAUUUAGCCCAAAAAAAAACAAUUUGUUACAUUUUAAAUGUAUGAAAUUAUUUCUAUUAUAGGUUCUAUCUUGAUUACUCGGCAAUCA